CCGAAGUCCUUAUUUUCACAAAAUAUACUUGCUUCCCUGUGCAACCGGUUCCGGUAGCUGCGUGCAGAUAACCGUUAAAGGCAGCAUACAUUUCGUGCAUAAUGGCGCAAAUAAAGAAUCCACUGAAGGACAAGCUGAAUGAUGAUGAGCUGGACUUAAGCAUUAGCAAUUAUGCAGACAGAGACGUUCCUGUCAAGGACAUUGCACUUCUGAAGAGGGCAACAAAAUUGGAUUUGUCCAACAACAAGCUCACCGGAUUGCCUAAGUCAUUUGGGUCAUUGACUCAUCUGGUGAAGCUGGAUCUGAGCUGCAACCUCAUCACAGAGCUGCCAUCCAGUUUUGGGGAACUUCAUCGCCUCAGACACCUGGAUCUGUACAACAAUAAGUUGUCCCACCUGCCGCCGAGCUUCCACCAGCUGACCUCGCUGCGAUGGCUGGAUCUGAAGAACAACCAGCUGAGCCCGCAGCUGGCGCAGGCCGCCGGCGAAUGUCUCAACCCCAAGGAGUGCGAGCAGUGCGCACGGCGCGUCGUCCAGUUCAUGGGACGCGUCAAAGAGCACUACGAACAGGAACGGCUGCGGCGUCAACAGCUCGAGAAAGAGCUUAUGGAUGCAAAACUGGCGGCCGAGGAGGUGGAGAAGGAGAGGCUAAGAUUGGAGAAGAAGGCUAAGAAGGAGAAAAGGAAGCAAGAGUUGAGAGAUCAGAAGAAGAUAGAAGAGCUGCAGGCAAUCCAUCCAGAUGCUGAGCAGCUGAAGAGUGCAUCACCGGUCAAGUCAGCUUACAAGUCCAGCAAGGUGGAGAGUGCGGCCGGCUGGUCCGCGCUCGCCAAGCUGAACCUGGUGCUGCUGGUGACGGCGCUGGCGCUGGGCGGCGGCGCCAUGUACCUGCACUCGGGCGGCGACAUGUCGCGCUCGGGCCUGGCCAGCAACCUUGGGGCUCUGGGCACGCUGACGCGCCAACAGGGCGGGCGCGCGCUCGACGCCGGCCUGCUGCUGCUCAAGCGCGCCUCGGAGCUGGGCACCGCCGCCGGCGACGUGCUGGUGACGCGUGCGCUCGACGUCUGGGAGUGGGGCGGCGGCCUGGCGGCGCGACUCGACCGGCUGUUGACCGACAGCUGCGGCGACUCGUGGAGCACCACCAAGGCGGCGGCCGGCGGCGCCGCCACCUGCUCCGCCUGGGAGCUCAGCUGCGCCGGCUGGGAGCUGGUGCGCACCGAGGGCCCCGUGUACGCCGCCUUGGUGGCUGAACAGGUCAACAGACUGGUGGCGGCCGUCACCGGCAGCUAG